CUACAUCAAUUUUCGAGGCAUCCAAGCGUCAAAUCAGGGUUGAAAUUUCUAUCAACAAUUUGGACAAUAACUCUUACGCCAUCUGCCAAACUGGAAUUUUGUUGUUCUUCUUCUUUUAUAGAGAAAAUGCCAUAAAGACUUAAAAGCUUUUUAUUUACCGUUUACUCAGUCUCGAUAGCUAUCACAAUCGAUUUUCAAAGAUUAGGAGCAUUAAUUGAAAACCUUGAUGAAUGUCUUAACAAGAACAAAGAAAAAGUGUGAUAGCUUGGCAAACAGAGUGAAACAAAUGAAAUCGUGCCAAGCCUUUUUUUAGCGAUGAAUAGAGAGCGAGAAGGCAGGAAAAACACGACUUUCUUCACCGCGAACCGCACGUGCACCGCACUCCACUGGCGCAAAAAGUCAACGAGUAUGAACCCACCAAAACAACGAAUACCACAAAACGAGAUUUAAUUAUCUCAACAGGAGACAGCGCAAUAAGGUUGAAUAAUACCACUGUCAAUUGGCUGUCAUUGCAAGCAAUCACUUGGAACAAUACCAGUAGACGUGUUGGUAUAACUGUUUCUCUACUCAGCUUGUAUACGCGUCUCCCGGUGCAUUGUUGUUACGCGCAAGGCGCUAAUUUCCUCUGUUUUCACAAGCUGGACUGUUGUCAUAACCGACAGGUCUUGACGCGACACAGUCGUGUGUUUCCUACACCUUUGUAACAAACAGAUUUCACACCGCAGUUUUGUAUUACUCCGGAGAGGGAUCCACCAUGUUGAAGUUUGCCGUCAAGAGGAAACCAGUCGAGCUAUUUCACGAAGCAGUUGGUGUCAAGGACAUUUUCAGAGUGCAGUUUCUCCUUGAACAGAAUGAAUCACAAUUUCACGUCGAUGAUAUCGACGAAGAUGGCAUUACCGCUCUACAAAGGUGUUCAUUUACGGGAAACUUGAAACUUGUGCAACUGCUUGUAAGUCAUGGCGCUGAUCUUAACAUACAAGAUAAAGAAGGCUGGAGUAUUCUGCAUGCUGCUUCAGUAGCUCGAAAUCAUUCCAUUAUUCGCUAUCUCAUCACCAUGGGCGCUCCGGUGGCGUUAGAGAACGACCAAGGGGAAUUAGCGAUCGAUCUGGCGCAAGAUCUGCAAUCGGUUCUAAUACUCGCCGAAGCUAUGCGAAGGAAAGGGAAAACUAGAGAAGUCGAGCUGUUUUUGAGAAGGAGGCCCGAUGUAAGAGAGCUCGUAGAGGAAAAGGUGCAGCAAAGUGAGUCAUCUGGUUUGUUACAAGAGCCGCGCCGGAGAGCGACGAGCGAAAUAAUUUUUCCUGAAAAUAUUUCAUCCGUUGAAUCGCAAAAAAGGCGCAGUUCCUUAGAGCCAAGAGUUCCGACCGCAAAUGUCAAUAUGAGAGAUAAAGAUCAGGAAAGGUUAAUGGGUGUUUCAAGCUUCAGUGGGCCCAGUGGGGUUGUAUUGCCCACUCAAGACCAAGACACACACACCAAAAACCGACUGCGUUGGGAAGUCGGUUGUAAGGACACGGUUUGCCUUAAAUGCGGAAAGCGUCGACGGGAAGUCUUUAAACGGCAAUCCACAUCAUCUUUGUGUUCUAACUCGUCUGACUCAUCGAGUUCAUCCGAUUCCGCAUACAGUUCGACAUCGACAAAUUCUGCCUCUAAUGUGUUCCCUUUCGAGAGGGGAGUAAUAUCUUUACCCAGGCAAAACAAUGAUACAAGAGCGGAGAACUUAUCUCAAGAUCGUGAACGUGCAUCGUCUGUAAACGUUUGCUCAAAUCCCGGAAAUUAUUCCAACCGCGAGUUUCGAACUGAUAGACAAUUUCAAUCGCGCCGUAAUUCAUCACCAGCCACUUACACGCAUACUGAUCGAUAUAACACAUUUUACGGAGAAUCAAAAGGUUUUACGAUCGCGAAUGCAAUCAGACACCAAGUUACAAACGUGAACGAGUUGAACAGUUUUGGCGUUUCACUCCUUCACGAAGCCGCAGCGAAAGGCGAUACCGAAGGAGUAAAAUUACUUCUGGAACAUGGCGCCGAAGUAAACAGGCAUUCUUUGAACGGAAGCAGUCCUCUUCACGAGGCAGUUCGAGAAGGAAACGCUGUGACGGCCUCUAUAUUGAUCGAACACGGUGCGGAUCUAUUUUCUGAGACGGACAACGGCUUGUUGCCAGUAGAUAUGGCUACAGACAUCGAAAUUAAACGCUUCAUUGAAAAUGCGAUGGCUUUGAAAUAAUCGAAUUGAACUGCAGUUCACAAUUGUACAGUUUAUCUGGAAUUUCCAGAUCAAUUAUACAUCGAGAUAUAAAGGAAACUAUAUAUUUCUAAAUAACUAUGUACAUUAAUAUCUCAAUUGUACCUCGGCAAGAUUAGACGACAGAAGUAAAAUUACGAAAGAUAAAAAAAAAAUGACAAAGACUUCUUCAUUGCGACAAAAUUUGUACAAUCCACUAUAACUUCGCAUUAAAAUUGCAAUUAUAAUUUUG